AUGGGCUGUGUCUGUAGUUGUUUUCAUGUUCCGGAUCCUGAACAGAAUUUAAAUACUUCCAGCAGUGGAAGCUUCUGCUGUCUAUGUGGCUUCCUUCACACCGUAAUCAACAAGCGAUCCUUCUACCUGCAGUAUAAAUCAUUAUACAGCAAUAACCAAAUCAGGAACCUUCCACUAAGUGAUGAGCGGCCAGUCUCAUUGACUUCUAUUGUGCCAUCUGACAUUCCACAGUCUCAAGCUACAACAUCUGUUCCGAGAACUUUGUCAUUUAAUGUCAAUUCCAGCCAUUCCAAUUUACAGCAGGACAGUCUUGUUACAAUAAAUGAGCGCGGCGCAGCUCCGUUGCACUUGAACAGACAGUCAAAUUCACAACAACUUAGAAAUAGUGAUCAAAGUACCCAGAAACUUGUAAAUUCCUCAUUGAAGUUAUCAUUCAAUAAAACGAAACCUGGUUAUGUCCAUGAAUCAUUCGAAGAUGAGGAUGCCUGUCCAACGUGUCUGGAAGAGUAUACCCCUGAAAAUCCAAGGAUAGUUACAAAAUGUUUUCACCAUUACCAUCUUAGCUGUAUAUACGAGUGGAUGGAGAGAAGUCCAACCUGUCCUGUUUGCAGCAAGGUGAUGGUAUUUGAUGAAAUAGUCUAA